GUGAUUUUAUUCCAACAAUAAAUUUGCAUUCUCUCCAUCUCUGCUAACCGCAACAGCCAUGACUUAUGUGCUAGAAGGACACGAGCAUCGUGUAUCCGACGUUAACGAAGGUUUUGAAUGCGAUGCUUGCAAUCGAUCCUACGGUGAUGGCUACUCAUGUGGUGAAUGCAAGUUUACGAUACACAAGAAAUGUGUAUUCGUGUUCAACAUACAAGCGAGAAUCAACCACCCUUCUCAUGAUGGGCAUAGUCUUGAGUUUCUGACAACCGGAGCUCCUGAUCACACAGACCCGAAAUGCCAUCUAUGCGGUAAAAACACGAAGCGCCUUCUCUAUCAUUGCUAUGAUUGUAAAGUCAAUUUGGAUAUCGAUUGCAUAAUUGAUUCCUUGUGUGCUCGAUCUGAUCUGAAUAUGGAGUGGCACCACCAUCCCCUACUGAUGGUUGACUUAAAAGCUUCUCUUAUGUCAUGCGACUUUUGUCAUGGUACUAGCAAACAUGGAUAUUGCUGCCCUCGUUGCAGGUUGGUGAUUCAUGAGGGAUGUGUCUCUGUAUUUGAAUCACCAGAGAUUAUUCACCCUUCUCAUGUCAGACACCCUCUUAAGCUUAUCUCCAGUGGAGCUCCAGAUUAUACGGACCGAAGUUGUGAUAUAUGUGGAGGCACUACUGGGAACUUACUAUAUCAUUGUGAUAUAUGUAAGUUCAGCUUGGAUCUGGAUUGCGCGACUGAAGGCCCUCCACCAGUUUCUCUAUCAAAUAUGAAGAUCCAUAAGCAUACACUCACACAUGCCAAAAUUGAUCUCCUUCGUGUGUGAUGCUUGUGGGACGAAAGGCGAUCGUUCUCCUUACAUCUGUGUUCAAUGUGAUUUCAUGAUCUUCCAUCAAAAGUGUGCUCGUUUACCACAGGUUAUAAACGUCAAUCACCAUGACCACCGCGUUUCCUUCAAAUAUCCGCUUGGUCCUGGAGAAUGGAGAUGUGGAGUUUGUUGGGAAGAGAUUGAUUGGUCAUAUGGGGCUUAUUCUUGUUCUGUUUGUCCUCGUUAUGCUAUUCAUUCACUAUGUGCAACAAGGAGAGACGUAUGGGAUGGGAAAGAGCUUAAUAGAGUACCGGAAAAGGUUGAAUAUAUCGAACCAUUCAAGAGAAAUGAUGACAACACAAUCACUCAUUUUGCUCAUGAACAUAACCUCACGAGCCUCGGUCAAGGUGGUGAAGAAAGUAGCUUGUGUGGAGGAUGUGUUUGUCCCAUAGGUUCUUGCACAUUCUACAAGUGUUUAGAAUCGAAAUGCAGUUUCAUUCUCCAUGAAACGUGUGCUAAUCUACGUAAGAAGAAACGGCAUUUUCUGAGCCCACAACCUUUGACGCUUUGCCUCGAAAGUUACCUCCUCCCAUAUUCUUGCGAAGCUUGUCAUCAAGUUUUUUUCCACGGAUUUAGUUACUCUACAUAUUUAAGAAAAUCCUUGGACAUAUUUUGCAGUUCAAUUACCGUGCCAUUAAUCCAUGGAAGUCACGAUCAUCAUUUACUCUACCUCAAACAACGAUUCGGUGACGUGAAGACUUGCCAGAGCUGCGGCAUGGAUGAAACAGAAGUUGUCAUAGGUUGUAUGAAAUGUGAUUACUUUUUGGAUUUCCGUUGUGCCACUCUACCAUUAACAGUAACGCUACCCAGGUACGAUGAUCAUCCACUCACUCUAUGUUAUGGUGAGGAAAAGGCAAGCGGAAAAUAUUGGUGUGAUAUUUGCGAAAGAGAAACAAAUCCAAAGACUUGGUUCUACACUUGUAAAGAUUGCGGGAUCACUUUACAUGUCUUUUGCGUAGUUGGAGAUAUCAUAUACGCCAAAGAAGGGAAACAUAUUAUCUAUGAUGAUAACAGUUUGCUGUCUAACAAUAGCUCUUCACGACCACUUUGCCACAACUGCCAUUGCCGUUGCCCAGGUUCCUUCAUUCUUAGGGCAGAAAAGUGGGGCUACAGUGAAAAAAGGAGAGAAGUCAAAUUCUUUUGUUCUUAUUAUUGUUUCAUAAUCUCGGGGUACGCCGAAAGGGAGGUCUCCAAAAUUAAGUUGAGAAGUCCUCCUUGGACAAUUGGAAAUCAAAUCCAAUUGAUGGAGUAGCAAAACCAUCAAUAAAACUAGUACGUCGAACAUAAGUGAGAAAUAGAUGAUUUAUGUUUUCUUUCUCUUUCUUUCUUUCUUUCUUUUUUUUUUUUUUUUUUUUUUU